CACGAUCAAUGCCAGUCGAGAGCAGAUGCGCGUGCACAUACGACGUUAAAAUUUAAGUUUUUCUUAUUUAUUAUUUUUUAUACUACUGUCACUAUGACGUCAGCCGUGAUUAAGUUUAGUGCCAUAUUAAUGCUGGCUGGAGUUGUUAUGGCUGAUAUUAGUCUGAAACCAGUCACAGAAGUAUGUCUAGGAUGUAUUUGCCAAGCUGUAUCAGGUUGCAAGCAAGGACAGCUGUGUGAGGGUGAUGCUUGUGGUCUCUUCCGUAUCACCUGGGCGUACUGGGCCGACGCUGGAAAGCCAAUACUCCCAGGAACUGCACCCGACUCUCCUACGGCUUAUUCAGACUGCACAAACGACCCCCGCUGUGCCGCUGAGGCCGUUCAAAAUUACAUGAGGAAAUUCGGCCAGGACUGUAACGGUGAUGGCGUCGUGAAUUGCUACGAUUAUAUGGCCAUCCACAAGCUAGGAGGUUACGGGUGUACCGGUGACCUACCUUUCCAGUACGUCAAUGUUUUCAACCAAUGCGUGGCCGCUGUAGCCUCAGCGCAGGGCUGAGGAACUCUAUUUAGCUUUAAAAAUAUCUUUUGCUCAAUAAAUCUUUAAUUAUUUA